GCCACCCCCAGCUUCGGAUCCAAACCACCCCAGCUUCGGCACUCGAACCCCAGCCUCGGUCCGAGCCUCAGAUUUGUUUCUCUGUUCGUUGAAAAUUUCGCACUAUUUCGAUCACUUUCUUUUCUCUCUCUGCUAUCUGAGCUCAAACCCAAACCCCAUUCUCUCUCUCUCUCUCUCUCUCUCUCUCUCUCUCCGAUUCGAACCCCCACCGCUCCGGUCGGCGACGGACUCCGAAGAUCAGUUCCGACCUUCAACGGCGGCCGCGCGGCGUCACUGCUAAUUUAUUUGAACUCAGAACAUGGCAGUUGGAGUGACUCUAAAAUAUACUGGAACAAGGUAGUUUUUCCUCAAAAGAACUUUAGCUGCUGCAAUUUUGUGGCUGGAUUAUCUAUGCCUGGAAACGAAGUUGGAGACAGGGUCCACAAUUUCUUUGGCCAAGAGAACUUGUCACAGGGUCAGCGUCAUCCGCAGGCCACUGACGGGAACUGGCCUGGUCUAAGUAACAAUUUGUGGGUUGGGAACCAGAGACAAGUUGGAUCUCCUGUUAACUCAAGUUUAAAGAGUUACAAUAUACAACCAGUAGCAGAUUCUGAGAGAGGGCAUGGGAGUCCGUCUUUGCAUGUGCCUCAUGGUUUGAAUUUUAUGCAAUCAAAUUUGAGGCCGGAGUUUGGCAGAGUUCAGUAUCAAAGUCAGCAGCCAACUGCAAAUGGCUAUAUGCAUGGGCAUCAGAUGUUCCAGACAAGGCAGAAUGAAGCUAACUUUUUGGGAGUGGAUACAGAGUCUGAUAAGCAAAAUUUAACAUCUAGAGGCUUGUCUACACCUGAAUCACGAGGAAGUGGUCCUGAACAUGCUAAAAAGAAUUCAGCGAGAUUGGAAACUUCAGAAUCUCCUGUUGGUUUUGAUUUUUUUGGUGGUCAACAGCAAAUGAGUGGUCAGCAUCUCAGCAUGAUGCAGUCUUCGCCAAGGCAACAGCAACCACGUAUUAGUGACAUGCAGCUACAAAGACAGGCAAUGUUCACACAAAUGCAAGAAUUUCAAAGGCAGCAACAACUUCAACAACUAGAAAGGCAACAGCUGGUUUUGGCAAAUCAAGCUUCCUCCAUUGCAAAACAGGCUGCUGGUAACCACUCACCAACCCUGAUGAAUGGUGUCACAAUCAACGAGGCAUCCAACAAUCAAUGGCCACCUAAUGUUGUGGCAGGCAACACAAACUGGCUGCAGCGUGGUGCUUCCCCUGUUAUGCAGGGGGGAUCUAGUGGACAUGUAUUGUCCCAUGAACAAGCCCAGGCACUGCGCUUGAUGGGCUUUGUCCCUCAACAGGCUGAUCAAUCUCUAUAUGGUGUUCCAAUUUCUAGCUCAAGUGGAACACCAGGUUCAUAUCCUCAUUUUCAAAUGGAUAAACCGGCAAUGCAGCAGAUAUCGGUCAGUCGUAAUUCAUUUCCAGGUAAUCAGUAUGCUGCAUUUUCAGGUCCAGUUAGCAUGCAAGAGGGAUCUCUGGCUUCUAGACAGGAUUUUCAAGGGAAAAGUAUGGUUGGGCCUACUGCUGCUCAAAGUUUGAGCAGUGGGUUCAAUUUGGAAACAUUGCAUCGAGUAAAUCCCCAACAAAGAAAUGAACCCAUGGAGGAAUUCCAAGGGAGGCAAGAACUAGUUGGAUUGUUAGAACCAUCACCAGAGAAAGCAUUUGGGCAGGUUGCACCCUCACAGGGUGUGGCUACCCUAGAUCCAACUGAAGAAAAGAUUUUGUUUGGUUCAGAUGAUAAUCUUUGGGAUGCCUUUGGGAGGAGCGCCAAUGUGGGAAUGGGAGGUUCUAGUAUGCUGGAUGGUGCAGAUAUUUUUGGUGGACUUUCUUCUGUACAAAGUGGAACAUGGAGUGCUCUUAUGCAGUCUGCUGUUGCAGAAACUUCUAGUGUUGAUGGAGGGAUACAGGAAGAGUGGUGUGGUCCUAGUUUUCGAAAUCCAGAACCUCCAGUUGGGACUCAGCAGCCCUCAAGUGUCGGUGAUACUAACAAACAACAAUCUGGUUGGGCUGGUAACAACUUGCAUUCAUUGUCUGACUUGAAUUCUAGACCCUCCUCACACUUUGCUGAUGCCAAUAGGCCCAGUAUCAGUGGUAGUUUUUCUAGUAUUCAGGGAUUUCAGCAAUCAGGAUCUAAAACUGUGCAUGAAAGAGGAGACGUUUUUCAGACUGAUUCUUCUCACAGGUUUAUUUCACAGAGUCCUGAACAAGGAAGUAAAUGGUUGGAUCACAACCCUCCACCACAGCCACCCGCAGACGGUAGUCAUGACAACUAUGGAACCAUUAGUCAUUUGUCAGGUAGAGAGAUAAAUGCAAAUAGCAUUUCAGGUUCUUGGAACCGUCAAGAAAGAAGUUCUUCGCAUAAUAAUGAUAACCAGCCAAACAAUAUGUCAAAUGGGUGGAAUUUUACUGAAUCUGUGUCAACAGAUGGGGGUAAUAAUCUGAAAAAUCAUGGGAAUCAAAUCUUAUCAAGAUCUGCUGAAGGUGGUGAUCUGAAGAGAGGCAUGCAUGAGGAAAUAAGCUGUGCUGCUGGUAUGUGGAAGACUGAUUCUGCUCCAAACUCAAAUGUUGAAGUGGCACAUCCAAAAUAUGCAAGCCCGCAAAUCAGUAGAGAGGGUUCAAGUAUAAACAACGCUCCUAAAUCAAAUUCCAGCGCUGGAAGAGCCUACCAAGAAGGCCAGCAACAUCUUGCAAACAGUCACGAUUUCUGGACACCUGUUGAUUCUUUAGUGAACUCUAAAGGAGGAGAGGCUCUGGGAAAAAAUCAGCAUCAUCUGGACAAGAACCACCUGAUUUUGGAGUCAUCCGGGAACAAUUGCUUAGACAAAGGAGUAGUUGAAAUGCAUGAUAUGGAGAACAACAAUACAAAAGAGAAUUCUAGUGAUACUUUUUACCAUAAUGCAUAUCACCAUGCUUCCACUGGGAGUAUGAAUGAAAAUGUCGUCUCAGAUGCUGGUGAUUCACGUACUUUACCUGGAAGCAAACAACACUCAUCUGGCAAUGCUGGUCGCAAGCCCUCUGCAACUCGCAAGUUUCAGUAUCAUCCGAUGGGGGAUGUUGGUGUUAAAGUGGAACCUUCAUCUGGAAGAAAACACGUGACACAUUCACAAGCUAUGACCCAGCAGGUCUCUCGAGGAUUCAAAAGUCAUGAACAAGGGAGUUUUGGGCAGUCAAAAUUUAUGGGUCACACUGAUAGAAGUUCUAUGGAAAUUGAAAAGUUUAACAUAAGAGGUUCGGAUGAGCCACCUUCAAAAAGCAUGCUUCCAGGUUAUGCCCCAAGUACGUCUACUCCCUUUGACAGAUCUACUGGUAAUAAUAACACCUCAAAAAAGGCUGCACAACCAUCAAGUCAACAUAUGCUUGAGCUUCUUCACAAGGUGGACCAACCAAGGGAGCAUGGUAAUGCUACUCACUUCAGCCCUUCUGAUCACAACACGUCAUCUGAGAUGCCUGAAGUGGAAACUUCUGAUGGAUCUGUAGGUCACAUUCAAAGAAAUCAAUCAUCUGUCUCUCAAGGUUUUGGUUUACAGCUGGCUCCUCCAUCUCAACGGAUUCCACUUGCAGACCAUGCCCUGUCUUCUCAGAGUUCCUCACAAGCAGUUCUGGGUUCAGGUCGUGUCCAUUCUGAGAUGGGAGAAAAAGGUCAUACGUGGUUGGCCUCAACAGCAUCUGUUCAGUCCUUGCCAUCCUCUCAUGAAGCAUCUCAAGGGGAAUUAAGAAAUAGUCUCCCUGGUAGCUCAGGGCAAACAGGGAAUAAGGCCCUGGCCCCACAAUACCAUAUUCAUGGAGGUUUAUCUGCAUCUUCCGAAUAUGGUUUUCCUCAUUCAAGAAGUCAACGAGAAAAUCAGCACAUGACUGCUGCAAGUGGCCAAGUAACUGCAAGCCAGUCUGUUAAUAUACCUUUUGAUAGGCUUGCAUUUCGUCCGCAACAGUUGGGUGAAUCUUUUGAGAGAGCUCAAACUAGUCAAUCUCCUCUGACAGAUAAAUCUGAAAGUGCUUCACAGGAUAACCUUACUUCUGCAGAGGCAUCACUCGUGAAUAUUGCUGACCAGUCCCGUUCAAGAGUUGCUGCCCCAAAAAUCCCAGAAUCAGAUGCCGAGCCUUCUGUUACGUCUGGUAUGUCCCAUCAAGGUGCAGUUCCUAAAGUCUUGACCAAUGUGUGGACCAGCGUUCCAUUUCAGCAACCUCUAGUAAGUGCUGAACCUUCCAAGGCUUCAUCUCAGUUGUUUAAAUCCCAGCUUCAAACAAAUAAUCAUUUGGUAAAAAAUUUCCAUGGUUCACCAAAGCUCAAUGAGCAAGAUACCCGGGAAAGAGGGAAUGGCUUCUCUGCAUUUGGUGUAUAUAGUUCAAACUUGCAAAGCUCUGGUCCAAAAGAGCAGCCAUCCAAACAAAACACCGGGCAACAAGUAUCACCGGAGAACAUUCAGACUGCCCAAAAGACCAAUGUAUCACAAGGAAAAGAAUCCACUGCAAAUAAUUAUAUUGAGGCAUCUGCUUCAAACUCUGCUGCUACCCAGAGAGAUAUUGAAGCUUUCGGCCGUUCUUUAAAGCCAAAUAUCAGUUCCCAUCAAAGUUAUUCCCUGCUGAACCAAGUACAGGCUAUGAAAAGUACAGAGAUUGAUGGAAGUGAUCAUAGUGUGAAGAGAUUGAGAGGUCCAGAUUCUGGUGCAGAGACUCAGCAGGUGAGUCCCCAGGGAGGACCGCAAUUAUCUUAUGGAUAUAAUACUAUGUUAAGGGAUUCAUCAGCUGAUCAUACCCCAGUACCUUCCGGAGAUUCUAAAAUGCUGAGCUUUGCAUCCAAACUUGGGGAUACUCGACUUUCAAAUGCAUCUGGUCAGGAUAUGUAUGCAUUUAGCCGGAAGAAUUCUCAGAAUUUCUCUAGUGGUAGUAAUGCAUCUUCUCUUAGAGGUGAACAGUCUCAAGUUAGUCCGCAAAUGGCGCCAUCCUGGUUUGACCAAUAUGGAACCUUUAAAAAUGGGCAAAUAUUGCCAAUGCAUGAUACACUUAGAGCCACUUUGAAGUCUAUGGAGCAACCUUCCAUUGCUGGAAAGCCAGGUGAUCUGCAUGCUCGUGAACAGAUGGAGGAACCCCUUGCUACUUCUGAUGCUAGUACUAUCCCACAGAGUUCAGCUCUGAAACCUAUUUCCAGUGAGCAACUAACAUCCCCUCAUUUACUGCAUCCUGAUGCAACUGAUGAAAGUUUAACUGUUGAGAGACCAAAGAAGCGUAAAAGUGCUACAUCUGAACUUUCACCUUGGCAUAAAGAGCUGACCAAGGUUUCCCAAAGGCUUCUAAAUAUGAGAGCGGCAGAUGUAGAGUGGGCUCAAGCAACGAACCGACUGGCGGAGAAGGUGGAAGAUGAAAGUGAAAUGAUUGAAGAUAGACCACCGAUGUUUAGGUCCAAAAAGAGGCUUAUCUUGACAACACAGCUUGUGCAACAAUUGCUUCGGCCUCCUCCUUCAGCAGUUCUCUCUGCAGAUGCAAGCUCUUCCUUUGAGAGUGUAGCUUAUUUUGCUUCUAGACUAUCACUAGGUGAUGCCUGCAGUGCAAUCGCCUUCUCUAGAAAUGAUAUUCAGACCCCAUCACCUCCUGACCGUGCAAACCAUUUGCCUGAGAAGCUUAAAACACCUGAGAGAGUUCAUCGGUACUUCCCAAAAGUUGUGGAAGACUUUGUUGAAAAAGCAAGGAAGCUGGAAAAUGAUCUGUUGAGACUGGACAAGAGAACCUCCAUCUUAGACUUGAGAGUGGACAGCCAGGAUCUGGAGAAGUUUUCUGUCAUCAAUCGUUUUGCUAAGUUCCAUGGGCGGGCACAAGGUGAUGGGGCUGAGGCCUCCUCAUCAUCCGAUAUUCCUGCGAAUGCUCAAAGAACCUGCCCCCAGAAAUAUGUUACUGCACUUCCAGUGCCUAGAAAUCUGCCAGACAGGGUACAAUGUCUUUCACUUUGAUCAUUAAUUGAUUAUUUUUCCCUCUCGGCCAUUUGUCUCCUCAACCCUCUUGAAUCUGUGGUACAUCUUUCAACUUAUUUAAUGGGGCAUGCUUCACAACAGCAAUUACACAAGUGGGGAUGUAGAGGAGAAGGAUUCUAGAAUGUCUCCUUUAAGCAAUGGAGACUUCUAGUUCUUUGCAAUAUGACCAUUGAUGUCCUCCUUUGAGAAAUAUAAGAUGGUCUCUGUAUACUAUGAAAGUCUAGAAAGUAACUGCUAUGCCCCAUCAAUUUUUUGGCUUAAGGGGAAGGAUAGAACCGCAGACUGGUUACUCCAAAUUGUACACUUCUAUAAUUCAAGUAAUCAUGUGUGUUCAUAAUCCUAAGCAUGGAAAUUCAUAAUUGAGGUUUUUAGCUCGCGGGAUUUAUUAGAAGGGGCGUCUCUGUGGUGGUAAGUUCAGGAAUUUUCAAUCCUGAUGCAAGAAUUGAUAAUUUAUUUUUUUGGAUAAAAGCUUUUGUAAGUUUGCCAUAGGAAACUAAGUGAUUAUGGUCUAACUUCAGUAAGUUUUGUACAAGUUUUAGAAGUUUGUCUGGAUUUGAACUCAGUUCUGAAGAAGUUGAAGAUGGUUGAUACUCUGGAAUGUUUCUGAAGGUCCCUACUUUUGGUAAUGUUGGAAUUUGUACUCAUUUUCUUUAGGUUUCCAUCUGAAUUAGACAAUCACUAGGUUGACUAUGAGUCUAUAGAAGGGAUGGCCUAUAGGGUAGUCCAGUACGCCGCAUCUUUUUUUUUGGAGUCAAGAAUACAUGAUGUUUCUGUAACACCUUGUGAUGGGAACAGAUAGGUACCCGAGUCUAAAGCACAAGUUUUCUUUGUUUA